AGAACCACAACACAGUGACGCAUAUCAUUUAAUGCUUUUAUGGAACGAAUCUUUCUGCGCUUUAAUUCCUCUUCGAAUUGAUAUGUCUGGAAAGAAAAACUUUGGUUAUCCAGUGCAAGGUAGUGGCAAUCAAAGGCCAGCAUACCCAACUCAGGCAACAGCCAGUUACCCAAUACAACCAUCAAGUGCUUAUCCAAUGCAAGCAACUGCAAACUAUCCAAUGCAACCGACAGCUGGUUACCCUGGUCAAGUUUAUCAACAAUCUGGUUAUGGUCAUCAUCAACAUAAUCUUUAUACAGCCCCGCAAGUACCUCACAGUCAUCCAGGCUAUGGACAACCACCCCCACCUUAUCCUGGUGUUGUGCCUAAUGCAGCACCAAUGCAGCAGCCAAUGAUGCAAGGUCAAUUUGACUCUGGUGCCAGAUUUGGGGCGGGGGCUUCAGUGAGUAUUCCUCCACCUCCUCCUGGUGUAAUGCCAACAUCAGCUCAAAUGGCAUCAUACAACGGCCAGCCCGUGGUUAUGCAGCAACAUAAGACUGGUUGGCUUGAAGGAGCUCAAGGAGGUGGAUACACAUUCUGGUGAAACAAUGGUCGUAAACGGAAGUCGCUCAGGUUUUUGAUAUCAUGUAUCAAGGAAAAUUUUUAGUUAGUGCACGCUGCAGUAUAUUUUGUUUCGAUUCAGCUUCCUUCAGUGUUUGAUUAUAACUUCCAAGGCUUAUACAAUCUAGUUCUUAAAUAGAUUCUGUUCAAAAACAUGAGACUUCAAUAAAUUGUGUUAUAUGAUAGAGACAAGCUUUUUUUCAUUGACAUGUUCGCUGACCGUUUUUUUGUUGACCUGUCCUCUUACCUUGUAAAUUAUAUUCAAUGAUAUGAUUGGCCAGUGUAUCCGUUAUUUUAAGGGAAGUUACUGUUAAGAUUUAAUUAGAGUAGUUCCAUCUAUUGCUUCGAUGCUUUUUCAAUUAUCAAAAAUAUUUUAUUAUAGUAUAGUAUGUGAUCACUAUUGAUUGAUGUUAAUGUUGAUGUUAAUAUGGGCAAAAUAAAAUCGUAUAUAGUA